CAGCAUUAAAGUACAUACAGUGUGAUAGUCCGUAUAUGUCCUAGCGUUAGUUUCGGUCGGGAUAAAGUACGUCAAGUGAUAUUGAAUUAAUCAUCUGAGCUGCGUCACUGUUUCUUUUCUCUAGAACCUGCCUUGCUGCCAUCGACGAACCUUUGACUGCUUUAAGACUGAAUCUUACAGUCUGAGUUAAGCAUGCCUGCGGAAAACAGCGACCAGGAAAGCAUGCUGAGCUAUCAGAGGCCUGAUGAGGAGGUAGUGGUGGACCAUGGUGGCACUAGCUCUGUCAUGAAUACACAUUAUGAGAAAGAAGAGCUAGAGGGUCACAGGACAAUGUUUGUGGGUGUGCGGAUGCCUAUGGGCAGACAGUCUCACCGCCACCACCGGCCACACAGCUCUAAACACCGCAGGAGAUCAGAAAGGAUGAGGUCUGGGAGUGUAACUCAGGAAGAGGGGAACACAAGUACAUCAGCUUCACGUGACACACCAUCUCAGAGGGUUCAGUUUAUUCUAGGCACUGAAGAGGAUGAGGAGCACGUGGCACAUGAGCUCUUCACAGAACUGGAUGAAAUCUGUGUUAAAGAAGGCAAAGAUGCAGAGUGGAAGGAAACUGCUAGAUGGCUAAAGUUUGAGGAGGAUGUGGAAGACGGAGGAGAGAGGUGGAGUAAACCGUACGUAGCUACGCUGUCUCUCCACAGUCUAUUUGAGCUACGGAGCUGCAUCAUUAAUGGGACGGUCCUGUUGGACAUGAAGGCCAGCUGCAUCGAAGAAAUUGCAGAUCUGGUGCUUGACCAUCAGGAUGCUUCUCAUGAAUUGGAUGACAGUGUGAGAAUGAAGGUCCGUGAGGCACUUCUGAAGAGACAUCACCACCAGAGCGACAAAAAGCGGAACAACCUGUUGCCCAUGGUCAGGUCCCUCACUGAUUCUGGCAGGAGACAUAGCGAACCUCACUCUAUGGACAAGACUGGCCCUGCCACCUCUCCUCAGCCUCCACCUACAAACACCGAUAUAAAGAAUGGAGCAGCACAGGAUAAUGGCCAGAUGGAUCUUAGUAAGGUGGAUACACAUUUUAUGAAAAAGAUCCCCACUGGAGCAGAGGCUUCCAAUGUGCUGGUUGGUGAACUGGACUUUCUAGAGAGAUCCAUUGUAGCUUUCGUUCGCCUGUCUCCUGCUGUACUGCUAUCAGGUCUCACUGAAGUUCCUAUACCUACUAGAUUCUUGUUCAUCUUGCUUGGUCCAGAUGGAAAAUCCCAGCAGUAUCAUGAGAUUGGACGCUCUAUGGCAACCAUUAUGACUGAUGAGAUUUUCCAUGACGUUGCUUAUAAGGCAAAAGACAGGAGUGAUUUACUUGCGGGGAUAGAUGAGUUUCUGGAUCAAGUGACAGUUUUGCCUCCAGGAGAGUGGGACCCUUCUAUACGCAUCGAACCUCCUAAGAAUGUCCCCUCACAGGAGAAAAGAAAGAUACCAGGAGUGCCGAAUGGAACAGCUGUUCAGGAUGAAGAAGAGCAGCAUGCGGAACACCAUGGACCUGAACUACAGAGAACUGGGAGGCUUUUUGGAGGAUUGAUUUUGGAUGUGAAGAGAAAAGUUCCAUUUUAUCUAAGUGAUUUUAAAGAUGGCCUGAAUCUGCAGUGUGUAGCUUCAUUCCUCUUCCUCUACUGUGCCUGCAUGUCUCCUGUCAUUACCUUUGGUGGACUUCUAGGAGAGGCUACAGAGGGACAAGUUAGUGCAAUUGAGUCUCUGUUAGGAGCCUCAAUGACUGGAGUAGUGUACUCUCUGUUUGCUGGACAGCCGCUAACUAUUCUUGGAAGCACGGGACCUGUUCUUGUGUUUGAAAAGAUUCUCUUCAAGUUCUGCAAAGACUAUGAUCUCUCAUACCUGUCCCUGCGCACAUGUAUCGGUCUGUGGACAGCCUUCCUGUGUCUGAUUCUUGUUGUGACUGACGCCAGCUCAUUGGUCUGUUACAUUACACGUUUCACAGAGGAAGCUUUCGCUGCGCUCAUCUGCCUCAUCUUUAUUUAUGAGGCCCUGGAGAAGCUUUUCCACCUUAGAGAACUGUACCCCAUCAACAGACAUGGAGAUCUGGACAAACUCACACUGGCUUACUGUAGGUGUGCAGAGCCUGACAAUCCCAGUAAUAAAACACUAGAGCUGUGGAGUAACAGAAAUAUCACAACCUCUGCAGUGACGUGGAGCAACCUCACUGUAACGGAGUGCUUAGAUCUCCAGGGUCAGUUUAUUGGAACAUCGUGUGGACAUCAUGGUCCCUACACCCCUGAUGUUCUCUUCUGGUCGGCCAUCUUGUUUUUUGGUACCUUUUUACUGUCCAGCUUCUUAAAACAGUUCAAGACUAGCAGAUACUUCCCAACACGGGUACGGUCGAUGAUCAGUGAUUUUGCUGUGUUCCUCACCAUUGUUCUUAUGGUCCUGAUUGACUAUAUCAUUGGUGUUCCAUCCCAAAAAUUACAAGUGCCCAGUAAAUUCAAGCCAACACGUGAUGAUCGUGGUUGGCUGAUUAAUCCCAUUGGGCGAAACCCGUGGUGGACAGUCCUAGCUGCCUCAAUACCUGCUAUUCUCUGCACCAUCCUCAUCUUCAUGGACCAACAGAUCACUGCUGUCAUCAUAAACCGCAAAGAACACAAACUUCAAAAAGGCUGUGGGUAUCAUUUGGAUCUUCUUAUGGUUGGACUGAUGUUGGCCGUGUGUUCCAUCAUGGGGUUGCCCUGGUUUGUUGCGGCAACCGUCCUGUCAAUCUCCCAUGUCAACAGCCUGAAACUAGAAUCUGAGAGCUCCGCCCCUGGAGAGCAGCCUCGAUUUCUGGGCAUCAGGGAGCAGAGACUGACUGGUCUGGUAAUUUUUCUACUGAUGGGCUGCUCUGUGUUUAUGACUGGAGCAUUACAGUUCAUUCCCAUGCCUGUGCUCUAUGGUGUAUUUCUUUAUAUGGGAGUCUCAUCUCUUAAAGGCAUUCAGUUAUUUGAUCGUCUGAAGUUGUUUGGCAUGCCACCUAAACACCAGCCGGACUUUAUUUAUUUACGUCAUGUUCCUCUGAGGAAGGUUCACCUGUUCACUGUGACCCAACUGACCUGUCUUGUGCUUCUCUGGGUCAUCAAAACCUCCCCUGCUGCAAUUGUGUUCCCUAUGAUGGUGCUGGCAUUAGUGUUCAUCCGUAAACUGCUGGAUUUCUGUUUCUCUAAACGAGAGCUUAGUUACUUAGAUGAUCUGAUGCCUGAGUGGAAGAAAAAGAAGCUGGAUGAUGAUUCCAAAAAGGCAGAGCAGGAAUCACAGGAGAUGCUGAUUGAUGACUGUGAGAAAGAAGACAAAAACACAGUGCAGAUCCCAAUGGAGAGUAAACCUCUACACUCACCUCGCAUCCCAGACCCCAGGACCGAUCCCUCUGAUAUUAACAUAUCUGAUGAAAUGUCUAAAACUACUGUAUGGAAAUCCCUCAAUUCCAAUCACAAGGAUACACAACUCUCAAGUACACAUAAAAAGGAAUUACCGUGAACUAAACCCCCAGACUGAGGAAAUUAUAUACUUGGCGUCGGUUGUUUAAAAUUCAGCUGACUUACAGAAGCAGUCAUAUGCUAAAAAUACACAGAUAUUUGUGCACUCUUUUCCAAUGUUUCUCAAAAACAGAUGUGCUUACACACACACACACACACACACACACACACACACACACACACACACACACACACACACACACACACACACACACACACAUGCACACACACUCACAAAGAGUGAUUUCAGCUGUGAUUUAUGUAUAGCUGUGUGAGUGUGGCGUGAUAUACAGUUCUGGUGUGAUAAUGUGUGUGAACAUAUGUACAUAGAGGAGAACACGCACUCCUACCAAAUUUCAGGUUAUUUUAGUUUUUAAUUCAGUUUUCGCAAACAUAAAUAUCUCUGUGGUGUAGUGUAUAUUGUCUAGUGUAUAUUUUUUUUUAUAAAUUGUCUUGUUCUCAUUUGUAGAAUAAUACUGUCCUCAUUUUUAGCUUUACAUUUGCUGUACAUAUUACUGUAUACGUGUGAUUUAUUAAUUUGUGGAAAUAUUAACAUCCACAAUAUUAAGAUACGUCAAUGUGUUUAGGCCAAAUGGUUAAUCACUAGAACUUCAGUUUGAACUAUUUAUGUGCCAGUAUCAAAAGCCAUCAGUUAUAUUAGACCAAUAUGGCCAUUAACCAAAUCAAUCCUUAUCCAGUAGAUGGACCUGUCUAUUUUUAUUAUUGUGUUGUAUUGAACCUUGUUAAUAUUGAGCAAUAAAAGGCUUCUAUUUAUAGUUAUAGGACCAGGACACUGAUGGUUAAGUCUGAACUUGAAGCUCCUCUGCUGAUAGUGUUUCUACAGUGAGUUUGUCAUAAACAUUACAAAGUCCGCCCUCCCUUUCAGAAUGAAGGUAAAAUUCACAAAAACAUGUCCUGGUCACAUUUUUAGCCCAAAGUCAAAAGAAAAAAUAAAUAAAAGCAUUUUGAAUAAACAAUAAAGAGUUAUUGCACUGUGACAUUAUGUUCACAACAAUUAAGUUCUCAUGCGUACUGUAAAGCAACCAGACAUUUUAUUUAUGUAAAUACUAUUAUUUCCAAUUCUGUGGGUUUUUUUUUAUUGUAUUGUACUAUUUUGUUUACUGUAUUACUGCACACAUUUUACUCUAACACAUACUGCAACACAUUUUUUACAUUUAAAAGCACACAACAAACCAUGAUAUAUGAAUACUUUACAAUUUAAAUAACUGGACCCUAUAACAUUAUUUAUUUGCUUUAUGGUAAUGAUAAUUGUGGUGAAUAUUUAAUUGUCACAAAAGUAAUGUCACAAUGCAAAAAAAAAAAACAA